AAUGGCUUUAAAGCUUGUCAAGGACGCCCCAACGGUAUGGAACUAUCUGAAUGGGUUGGUGAAUCUUUACAAACCGACCGGAGUAACAGUGCAGCAAGUGCAAAACACGAUCACCCACAACCUAUGCCGAGAUCUAAACCAACUCGAAGUGCGACCAUCACUGCAGCGUGUAGUCAUUGGCGAUGCAGGUGAUUCCAAGUUGAUUGUGAGAAAAGUUGAAGAUUUGUCGGACAACGUACUAGUGACCGGACCCCGCUAUCAGCCAGAAGAUAUCAAAUGCCGAUUCUCUGCAAAUCAUGGUCGUAUCACGAGCGGUGUAAUAGUACUGGGCAUCAACAAUGGCACAAGGCUCGCAUUUAAACUACAACAGAAUCGUCCACUGCGUGUGUAUCGCGUGACCGGAUUCCUUGGAAAAGCGACCGAAACCCAUUUCGCCGAGUCUCGCGUAACGGCUCGGGCCACCAUCGAGCACAUUGGGUCAGAGAAAAUCGGUCGCUUGCUGGCAUCGAUUCAGGCAUCACAUCAGCGCAAAAUGUUCGAACUAAGCGGAAUCGAUAUACAAUCGCAAGCAGCUUACGAACUAGCAUGCCGAGGAACGAUACGACCCGCCGAUAAUCGCGUUCCAAUGAUCUACGGCAUACGGCUGGCCGAGUAUCGGAAGCCUUUCUUUACCAUCGAAAUUCAUGCGAUCAAUGAAACGGAAGCGUACCUUGGUGAACUGAUUCACGAGAUUGGAAUACAACUGAAAUCGUGUGCACAUUGUACCGGUGUACGAUGCAUACGGCACGGUCACUUUCUGUUGGACCAUUCGUUGCUAAGAAAGGACUGGAACCUGCAGAACAUCAUAAGCGGUAUGGCACACACAAAUAAGCUCAUAAAUCAGCAUCCAGACAUGUUACAGCAGGACAGUUCAUCCUUGCAAGAAAUGGCGGUGUCUGAUCGAUAA